GGCGUGUUGUUUGCAAGCGGUGCACCGUGACAUUGCUGUCAUACAAUAGCUGUGCAUGUGGAACGAUCGCAAUUAUUAUUGGUGACUGCUACCGUUUCGUCGCCAACGUCUUCAGCCGACGUUCAAGCGCCGAAUUUGUCAAUCCUCGGCGUGACGUCAUUUUCAUAAAACCAUUUGUGUGUACCUAAAUGCUUGUGCACUUCACAGGCGUUCAUAAACCGAGCGGUAGCGGCUAACGGCAAUAACGUAGCCAAACAAAACGAAAGUUAUUGAUUAGAAAUUGCUUUAUCGUUUUAUUUAAAGAGCGACGAAAACAACAGCUGAUUUGUUUACCUUACCGUUGAGCUUACGAUCCAAAAGUUGGCCAAAAACGACACAAUAAAACGCUAGUUAAUGCUUACAUACAUACAUAAAUACAUUUGUGACAAUAUUGUAAUAAAAACAAACGCAAGAAAUGGCGUGAGCUGAAAAAGUUUUUUUUUUGUUCAAUGUCCAAACGUCAACUAAUAAAGCUCUUCGCAAGCGCACCAGUGCCCGCCUAAGCUUAUAGCUAAGUAUGUAUGUGUGUUAAGUGUCGUUGCCAGCCAAGAUAACAUAUCAAUUGCAGCGCCGAAGCACCUAUCGAUCGUGGGCCGGCCUGCCUGCUUAGCUAGUAUAAAUUGCUGCCGCUCAAAGAACUUUUCUUGUGUACGCUACGACGCUCAGUGUUGGAUUAUGAUUAUCGUCGCCAGCAUUUACUCAUUAAGUUUGCCAAAGCAUAUCGAUCGUGAGUGGCGCGAUCGCGAUCUCUAGACUAUUGAAUGACGCGCUUGUGGCACACACACACACACGCGUUCAACUGACUUAGCGCUCGUUCAUAUGCAAGCAGUUUAUGUGAGACCAGGGCGUGACGAGGUAGCGGCGGCAUGCAAAAAUUGUACACAAUUGCUUGUUGCGGGGCUGCGCUGACAGUUGUACAUGCAAGCGCUGCUAGUGCUAGUUAGUUGGUCGGUCGGUCGAGCGGCUGGUCGUUGGAAUAGUGCACAUGACCAUGUAAUUGCUACGGCGAACGCGACAAAAUUGACGUGAGAAUAAACAACUAAGAAUGAAAAAAUUUAUGAAAUAUCUGAGAAAUAAAAUGAUAGAAAAAUAAUAAGUAUUAAAUAGACGCAGUAACAUAAAACUAAUCCAAUAAAUUGUGUGCUAGUGUGUGUUAUGUGCCAUACUACGCAUGUCACCGCGAAAUUUUUUUCACAUUAUUUCAUAAUAUCGCAAAAUUCUACAAAGCUUUUAAAGGCAAGAAGCCGUUUUUGUAUUUUGUGCGCUUGUAUGGCUAUGCGCCACAGCAACUACGCUUCGCCGUGUGUAAAUUGGAGCAGAGCAUAACUCAAGUGUUUGAUUGAUCGUUGCCCUUGCCAGUAGCAAAAGCGUAAAACAAGAAUUUAAUGAAUCACUUGCUGCUAUAAAUUGACCUGCUGACAUUUUAAAAUAUACGGAAAUUGUGUAACAUCAAACGUAUUUGCUUUCAAUUAAAAAUGAUUGCGCUUAAAAUAGCGCAAAUUAUACUUAUUUAUGCGAAAAUAGCGUGAGCAAAUACAUGCAAAUACAUACAUAAAUGUAUAAGAAAUUGAUAUUCGAACUAUGAUAAUAAGUUUAAACGUGAAACACGCCGCAGUGAAGAGCAGUUUUCAGCGAUAUUAAGCGUUUUUUGUGACAAUAACCGAAAUUGACAUAAUAAUUGUAAUAAAUGUUGGUUAAAUAUUACGCAAAAAUCCAUGCAGCUCUACGCGCAUUGCACUUACACAGCUACAGUAACAACACCAAAUAAAUACCGAGUAGCGCAACCCGUUGAAGAUCACUGUUCGCUGUUUGUGACGCAUAAAGUUUCUUCGUGGGAUAUUUUUUAUUAUCAUAAUAAGCAUAAAUUGUGUACCAUAUGUGUGUAAGAGCCCGUAAGCUUCCAAUUACCUUAUUACAAACCACAUUUUAUAGCGCGUUAAAGAUCUACGUUCGCUAGAAUAUAAGAUAAGCCACAUGUUUUGCAUUGAAGUGCUGCUAAAAUUAGUGGAAUUCUUGAAAAAUCGAAACAUAAAUUAUUAAUGAUGGAAAAAUUAUAUCAAUCAUUAGCGGCUGUCUAGAUCGCUUGAUCACGUGACUCAAUAAGUGCGAAUUCACGCUAGUAAUGACAACAAUAAGACCGCUAAUUGUUAAACAAUUUCACAGGUCAGCAUUUGUAGCACAUACAAAUUGCUGUACUGGCAAAUUUAAAGAAUUAGUAAAUGAAAUCGCUUUGUAGCGUGCAGAGUAAAAGUGAUCUACACAGCUGAAGAUCAAGUAAAGUAAAAUAUGUACAGCGCUUAGCGUAAACUGCCAAAGCAGGUGUGCUCAGGAAAACAAUUCAAUAAAUGUUGUGCUGAUUCUGCAAAAACAUAUAUUUUAUCAAAGAAAAUUGUAUUGCGUCACAGCUGGACUGUAAAAACACAACAAAAACCAAAGAUUUUCGACAAUUUGUGAAAUUAUUGGAAGCAAAAACAUUUUUAAGAAAUAGCGAAAAGAAAACUAGUUAUUAAUUUAAAGCGUGUCAAAUGCCAAAAAUAUGCUGUAAUGCACUUGAUGUGUAGCAAACCAACAGUAUUAUAUGUACACAUAAAAAUAAGUUAAAAAAUUAUUAAAAAAUAAUCAACAAAAGCGCCCAAAAGUGCUAGUAAAUUUAUAGCGCGUAAAACAGCGCGACGCUAGUGCCAAAUAAAACCAAAGCAACAAUCGCAUACACCUUAAUCCCAAUGAGUUUCGCCUUGGCCAACAGCAAAACUACCGAUGAAACCGACACACCGCUCAACAACGCCGCUGUUACUGCCACAACACGCACCGCAUCCAGAAAUUUCGCCAACAGCACAAAGACAACACAGUCAACAGCAUCGCUAGCAGCAACAACAGCAACAGCACGCGCGUCUAUUGCCGCACAAGACACGUCACCCACGCACUCAUAUGCCGCCAAUCACUGUGCUGCAACUUCAACAACGAUAACAUUCAACCCCAACGUCACCACAUUCACCGCACAUUGGACGCACAAUUCUAGCAGCGAGAGCAGCGGCAGCAGCAGCAGCGCCAAAUCCUCAUUUUCCUCCACAACCUACUCAUCGGCGCUCUCGGAGGCAUCCGCAGCAGCUGCAGCGGCGACGGCGACAACAACAACAACAGCGGCAGGAGCAGCAACAGUCACAACAACAACAAACGCAUUUCGUGCAAAUUCAGUUUUUGCCGCAGCAGCGACACACCCGCCAACACGUCCACCAACGCGCAAAGGUGUUGCGACGAACAAGAGUCCCGCCCACGGACCCAGUUCGUUUGUGGUUAAAUGUCUGUUGAAAACGGUGCGUUUUAUGUGGCAGGUAACGGAGUUACCGACGAAAAUCGGUGAGACAAUUGGCACCAUCUACAGAUAUGCGCAGGACUCGGUCGAGACAAUACUCUGCGUAGCCGGAAAAGCGCGUCGUAAAGAGCGCGAUGGCGAUCAAAAUUCAACAGAUACCAAAUUAUAUUUGGAGGAGAGCGUUCUAGAACGUAAGCUACCUGAAGCCGAUCUCAAAGCCUUAGUGGAUCUUCCAGCUGGCUUGGACUAUAACGAAUGGCUGGCGUCACACACACUGGCUCUAUUUGAGCACGUAAACCUGGUUUAUGGAACUAUUAGUGAAUUUUGUACGCCCUCUGGUUGUGCAGACAUGACCGGUCCCGGCAACAGAACGUACUUAUGGUUCGAUGAGAAAGGCAAGAAGACGCGCGUCGCCGCUCCACAAUACAUCGACUAUGUGAUGACAUUCACGCAGAAGACAGUCAGCGACGAGUCGAUAUUCCCAACCAAAUAUGCCAACGAAUUUCCGAGUUCGUUCGAAUCGAUUGCCCGCAAAAUACUACGCUUGCAAUUUCAUGUGAUAGCUCAUCUCUAUGCGGCGCAUUUCCGAGAAAUCGCGCUACUGGGAUUGCACACCCAUCUAAAUUUGACCUUUGCGCACCUGACCGCACUGCAUCGACGCUUCACGCUGAUCGACGAGAAGGAGACGGACGUGCUGCGCGACCUGGAGGUGGCGCUGCGCCUCACCGACGAUGGCCAAAGCUCGCUCGCCUCGUCCACAAUGACAGCCACAACGGAUGGUGGCAGCAGUAGCUGCGGCGGCGGCGGCGGUGGUGGUACCAGCACUAGCACUACAACUGACAGUGGUAUCGCGAAUAGCAGCAGCAGCUGCAGCAGUGGUGGCGGCUCGGCAACACACGCGCACUCGCAGCAGCAGCAGCAACAGCAACAUACGGGAGCAGACGACGUCAAUUUACUGCAACAGCAGCAGUCAGCGGGUACAACGCUCAUCGAUGGCGACGCGGCAGCGCCGCCUAUUUGCACGCAACCCGAAGCGCAGACGAAACAGCCGAAUAAUACGCACGCGUCGUCAGCAGCGGCGGUCUUUGGCGGCGGUGGUGGCCUUAUCGGUGGUAUAUUGGGUGAUUUGAGUAGCGGUGAGUUUGGCGAGACGGCGACACGCUAUUGCACCUCAACGCUGCCGCAACACCAACAACAACAGAACGCGGAGGUGGCGGUGAAUUGCAACAAUGGCGGCGCCGGCGCUUUGCACUUGAAUUUCAACAAUAAUCACCAUCAUCAUCAUCACCAUCACCAUCAUCAGCACGCGCAUGCGCACCAGCCUGUGGCGCAUCACCAUUUCACACAACAGCAACAGCAACACCAGCAGCACAGUGGCCUAAUACAGUGCAAUGCGAGCAAUGCGCCGAACGCGAACACCGUCAGCGCCACAGCCACGACAGCAACGAAUGCCAGCGCAGCAGCAACAACAACAACAGCAUAGUUGGCAACACCGUGCGCAAGUAGUAUACACUUAGUUUCGAAAGCUUGUAUUGAUGAUGCCGUUGAUGUAGCUGCUUUAGUUGGACGCGUUGCAAGUGUUGAUUUGUAUGUUGUUAGAUAUCCUAGUGCAGUGACAGCUGCUGUUGUUGCUGUCGAAACUGCUGCUACUGCAGCCCUUAGUGCUAACGCAAGUGCUAUUGUUAAUGGCGCCGUCGCUGCCAACGCCAACGCCACCACCAACACCAACACCACCGCCGUUGUUGCCGCACCCAUUGCCACUGCUGUUGCCCCUAGCGUAGGAAGCGAACUUGUUUAUGGUCGCAAGUAUAAUGUUGAUGUUGUAGUAGUCGGUGUUGAAGUUGAAAUUGAAGACAAAGCUAAAUACAAAAACAAAGAUGAUAAUGAUAACGAUGUUAAAAGUGUUGCCGUUGCGGCCGCAAAGGAUGUAUGACGCUUAUUGCUUUAUAUUUACAAUAUAUAGAGUAGUGUUAACUAAGAAGUAAGAAUACAAAACAGUAAAAAACAGCAAACAAAUAUGAAUAAUUUAAAGAAAAAGAGAAAAGAGAAAAUAUGAAAAUAUAAAUAUAUAACAUAAAAAAAUGCAAAAUAGCAGAAAACUAUAUUGAUUGAUUGUAAUUGUGUCUGUAUCUGGUGUUACACCAACAAACAAAAUACAAAUAAAACUUAAUUUAGCAAACAGAUAUAAACACCUGAAUGCAACUCACAAACAUAUUAGCGAACAAAACGAAAAGCAAACCCCAGAAAUUAAAGUGUUAUAAAUAAAGUGCUGAGAACUAAGCUAGCAUUAUGCACUGUGCAAGCGAAAAAUAAAAAAAGUAAAAAUUAAUAAAUAAAAUUAACUAAUUGCGUCAGCCAGCCAGUCACUCACACACCCCAGCACAUUAUAACUAGCCACAAAUACACGCGCCGCAAAUUAACGAUAAAUCACCAAAUUCAUUUUGUUGUUAAAUGUCAUGAUUUGCAUGGUGGGUUGUCUUUUUUUCGUAUUUAUAAACUUUCAACAUCGAAUUAUAAACCAUAAAGCAGUUUAGUGCUUCUUUCUAAAUUACUUACCUAAUGCCCAAAACGUUGUUGUAGCGGCAGCCCAAAAUGUUAUUUAGCAACAGCGAAUGUCAGGUGUAGCUAAGCGGAAUAGACGGAAUAGACGCGUAUUUAUAUGCGUUUGGUUAUUGUCAACUAGGCUGCGUGGCAAAUAUUUGCUGCCGUUACAGUAACAAAAAGGCGUUUUUUUGUGACAUGUAAGCAGCUUUCAAGACAUAGAGUUGAUGUCAAUUUUUGGUUUUUUAUUUUGCCAGGCGAAAAGUGAUUUGGUUUAAAAAUUAGAAAUUGUGUUUUGUAAUACAGACCUUAUAGCAUGCGACAAAUAUUUAUAUUAUUUUUUAUUUUUUUUUUAUUUUUUCUAUUUUAUUUCAUUUAUUUUUUAUUUUUUUUUGUUAUUUUUUCAAUUAAUUUUUUUUAUUAUUUUUUUUUUUUGUUAUUUUUUCAAUUAUUUUUUUUUAUUUUUUUUUUGUUAAUUUUUUUUAAUAAUUUUGUUUUUAUUUAUGUUUUUUUAUUUAUUGUUUUUUAUUUUUAUUUUUUUUAUUUAUUUUUUUUUAUUGUUUUUUAUUUUUAUUUUUUUUAUUUAUUUUUUUUUUUAUUGUUUUUUAUUUUUAUUUUUUUAAUUUAUUUUUUAAUGUGACUUUUAAAUUCGUUUGUCAAACAUUUAACUUGUGGUUUCAACCGCGUUCAAUAUCUCGAUAUUUAAUUUAAUUGUUUUGUCGUGUUUUAGCAGUGAGUCUAAUAAAGUAAUUGUUUGUGCCACUAGACAGCAAACCUGAAUUUUACCAGCACCAUGCAACCUUAUAGACUAUAUCAAAGGUUUUAGUUGUUCUUUCUACAUAAAUUAGCAGCUUCUACUGUACAGCAAAAAUAACAAAAAAAAAAAAUACAAAAAUUAUAUGAAAUUAAUUUUGUACUGCUCUGCUAAGGCCAAGCGCUACGUACAAAUCCAAGUAAAGUCAAAAAGUACACACUAUGUAAGAUAUGUGUGUUUGUAUGUAUUGUCUACAAUUUUCACAAGUUUAGCUGGACAAUUUUAUAUAUGUUUGCUGGCUGCUUACUGUAUUUAGUAUAGCAAGCUGGCAACACUCUGCUGCGUUGGCGUAAUACAUUUCUGUAAAAAAUAUAAAUUUUGCAACAAAAUAUUGUUUUAAGCUUUCCCAAAUUAUGCACCGAUCCUAAAUCAAAUCUUAUAUAAGCUGAUUUCUAUGCCUAAAAAUAAUGUUUGCUUAGCGAAAUGGCGCUGUGCAUUGUUUACUAAGUUUAUAUUUUAAUUGGCAAACAGAUUUUUAUUUGUCACAUUCGGUAAAAGGUGGACUUGCUCAAAAGUUUAAAAUUAUGUAACAAUAUUGUUUUUUUUUUUGAGUUUCAACACAAGGCGCUUUAACUUGCUUUUAACUACGCACCUUUUACUUCACACUACAUUUCAAAUAAUUUCAAAUAAUAAUCGUUAUACAAAGGCACUUCUCUGCGCUGUACGUUGCAUCGGACUCAGGUUUCACAUGUGUAAUUAUAUAUGUUAUAUAAAUAAGCGCAGUUAUGUAUAUGUGCUUGUAGCUUCAGCGUGUUAAGCUCACUUAAAGUAGCCACGCGCGGAACACCACACCUAGCAGUUAAUAGUACUACAAAUUCUUAUAUUUAAAAUAUUAAAAUAAUAAUAAUUUAGUUGCUCAGACAAGCAUGCUUUAAACUUUCAAAGUCAAACAUUUACCAUUGCACGCGCUCUCACAAAUUUAAUUUAAUUUAAUAUAUAUAAAAUUUAAUAUAUACAUACAUAUUUAGUUAUGCGCUUUACACUUACACUUGCAUUAGUUUAGCCUUAAAGCGUCAAAAGCAGUAAGAAAAGUUCCUUAUUUGUGCAGAUUUUGUCGCCUUUGUAAAUUUUUUUUUUUUGUUUUUAAUAAAAAUUUUCGCUUGCAAUUUGCUUUAUUAGAAACGUUAAAGGUUUAACAUACACUGUGCUACACAAAAUGCAAAUUAUAAUAUUUUGCGCGCUGUGUAAUUUUGUGUACAAUUGAAAUUUAAUAAAAAAAAUUAUAUAAUUUAUAAUUGCAAACAAUUAUUAUUAUUUUAUGUAUAAAAAAAAGUUGAAAAAUUGCAGCAUUGCAGCAUUGCAAAAACAAUUAUGUUCUAUUGUUAUGUUGACAAAUAUAUAUGUAUGUAUCUACGCAAUUAUAGCAAAUAUACGAAACCUUAACACAUUUACAUGCAUACCUAA